GCCGGGCAGAGGGGAAGGGGAGCGAUCACGUCCGGCCGUGGCGGCCGGGAUGGAGCACCGCAGGAUGAACCUGCCCCACGGCCCCGACAACCUCUGCUUUGACAAAGACGAGUUCAUGAAGACUUCGACGUCGAUCGCUUUGUGUCCGACUGCAGGAAACGUGUCCAGCUGGAAGAGCUCAGAGAUGACCUGGAACUCUAUUAUAAACUCCUAAAAACUGCUAUGGUAGAGCUCAUAAACAAGGACUAUGCAGACUUUGUUAAUCUUUCAACAAAUCUGGUGGGCAUGGAUAAAGCCCUUAACCAGCUUUCAGUGCCAUUGGGACAGUUACGAGAAGAGGUCAUGAGUCUUAGAUCAUGUGUCAGUGAAGGAAUUCGAGCAGUAGACGAGCAUAUGUCUAAACAAGAGGACAUUAGAAGAAAAAAGAUGUGUGUCUUGAGACUUAUCCAUGUUAUUCAGUCAGUUGAGAAGAUUGAGAAGAUUCUGCAUUCCCAAAAUUCAAAAGAAUUGUCUUCACUAGAGGCAAACAGCCCCCUUCUGACUGGACAGGUUUUAGAGAGAAUUGCCACAGAAUUUAACCAGUUACAGUUCCAUGCAGUACAAAGCAAAGGAAUGCCCCUUUUGGACAAAGUGAGACCACGUAUAGCUGGAAUAACAGCCAUGUUGCAGCAGUCUUUGGAAGGGUUGCUCUUAGAAGGCCUUCAGACUUCAAAUGUCGACAUAAUACGACAUUGCUUACGGACAUAUGCAACAAUUGACAAAACACGAGAUGCAGAGGCUUUAGUUGGUCAGGUGCUUGUAAAACCGUAUGUAGAUGAGGUGAUCGUGGAACAGUAUGUUCAAUCUCAUCCUAAUGGCCUUCAGACCAUGUACAAUAAGCUGCUGGAGUUUGUUCCUCAUCAUUGCCGUCUCCUGCGUGAAGUAACAGGGGGAGCUAUUUCAAGUGAAAAAGCAAAUACUGUUCCCGGAUAUGACUUUUUAGUGAAUUCAGUGUGGCCGGAAAUAGUACGUGGUUUAGAAGAAAAGUUGCCAACGCUUUUUAACCCUGGAAAUCCAGAAGUGUUUCAUGAGAAAUACACCACAAGCAUGGAUUUUGUGCGGAAAUUUGAACGACAGUGUGGCUCGCAGGCCAGUGUGAAAAGGUUGAGAUCUCACCCUACCUACCAUAGCUUUAACAAUAAGUGGAAUCUGCCCGUUUAUUUCCAAAUAAGGUUUAGAGAAAUAGCAGGGGCCUUAGAAGCAGCACUUUCUGAUAGCUUAGAAGAAGCACCAGCUGAAAGCUCAUACUGUCUGUUAGCCACUCACAUGGUGUGGGUGAGUCUUUUGAAGUGUUGGUCAGAUCAGAUUUUUCUACCAUUACUAACACACCGUUUGUGGAAACUUACCCUGCAAAUCUUAGCACGCUACUCUGUGUUCAUUAAUGAGCUUUUGCUCAGGCCUAUCUCUAAUGAAAGUACAAAGGACAACAAAAAAUCUGUGGCAACCAUUAGCAAGGAAUCUGCUGUAAACCUGAACUCAAGAGAGGAUCAGGGAAGUGUCCCUUCUCCAGAAACACAGCCGUUACCUUCUAUAUCCAAUAUUCAGCUGGUGUAUGUAGCUGCAGAUCUGGAGAAACUUCAAGAGCAGCUUCCUGAACUCUUAGAAAUAAUCAAACCAAAACUUGAAAUGAUUGGCUUCAAGAAUCUAUCCUGUAUCACAGGAGCCUUAGAAGACUCGAAGGCUUCUUUAUCAGCCUGCAUGCCCACUUUGAAUGAUAGGAUUAUUCAGGAUUUAAGUGAGAACUGUUUCAGUUACCUGAAAAGUGCCUUAGAAGUUCCAAGGCUCUACAGGAGAACCAAUAAGGAGGUACCAACUAAAGCUUCACCAUACGUAGACAGUGCUCUGAAACCUUUUUAUCGGCUGCAGAGUGAGUACAAAGAUAUAUUGAAACAGCCCAUGGUUCGUCAGUGGUUGGAAGGUGCCCUCUCUGAAAGUACACAGAAGUAUUAUGAAACUGUAUCAGAUGUUUUGAGCUCUGUAAAGAAAAUGGAAGAGAGCUUGAAAAGGCUAAAACAGGCCAGAAAAACUGUAACUUCAAACAGUGUUGGUUCAAAUGGGGGCAUGAGUGAUGAUAACAAAAUCAGACUACAGUUAGCCCUGGAUGUUGACUACUUUGGGGACCAGAUGCAAAAGAUGGGAUUGCAGACGAGUGACAUAAAAAGUUUUUCAGCUCUCACAGAGCUUGUUCAAGCUGCCAAGGAUCAGACUGCUGUGGAAUAGCCUUAAAUAUUUUGGAAAACAUAUGAAGAGGAACCAUGUCUCCAAAAGACGGGAGAAUUGUUAUACUGUUCUCUCUCAAAUGCUAUAUAGCAACAAAGUGCUUCCUGACGUAUCUCCUGCAACAAGUUAAUGCACCUUUUGUCAAGAUACAGACUUGUGUGACCAAAAACACCACCUAAGAGAGCAUAUACCAGUCCUUCCAUUGUAUGGAAGACGAUUUGAAGAGUUCUAAAUGUUUUAUUGUAGAAUAAAAACAAAGAAAAUGUCUUUAUUUUUAUUAUAAAUCUUACAAUAUGGAAGAAUUGAUUUAACAUGAUUAAAAUAAAUAUGUAAUGAAUUCUGUCUUUCUGUUUGUAUCAUUUGAGUGGGAGGAGGGUUGGUGCAAUGGACUGUGUGGCUCUAGGGUUUUUUCAGUUAAAGGCCCUUGGCAGGCAUGCAGAUAAAGCUGUGAUGGGGUCUGAUGCGUGAUCCAGUUAUAUUUCCAGCCAUGCCAAAUGGACAUGGCAGGAGGUAUGAUUGUGGGAUCGAGCAUCAGAUCCCAUCACACCUUAUUGCUGGUACAGGGGGAGCCCAGGAUAUGGAUCUGGAGCUCCUCUUGAACCAGCAAGUACCAGGCUCCCAUGGCUGGGAUCCUCAUCAGCUGCUGGGCUCCCAGCCAUGUGGGGACACCAUGCACCUCUGAGGCUGGAGGACAUUAGCUGGUUCGUGUAAUAACUUUGUGGCUUAUUCCUUGUUCUGUCACACCAUUAACUGUAUUAACAUGUAGUCGGGUAACUUCUUGAGACACGAUUACAAGGUUAUUCGCAUCUUAAGUGUAACAUGUGCCAGGUACCAGAAUAAAAGAUGAAAGGAUCGAAAGCUCUUAUUGUCCCUUUAGCUGGAUUUGUCUUCACAUCUUGUAUAUGGAGUAGAUUCUUAUUAUCCAGAAGGAUCCUAGGGCACUUCACAGAUCAUAAGAUAGCUUCAUUCGCCAGUAAAAUGACUAAUUUUCAGUUUUGCAAGGGGUGUAUAGGUUGGCUUGAAAUUGUAGUUGAAA